CAGGCCUGCCGCUGGGUCGAGCUGCUGCUAUCACGUUUCCAGAAGUCUCCACAUUUUGCUAGAACUUUCCUGUCCCUAGAAACACUGUCCACAUCCGCAGCAAAGCCAUGGCAACCGAGCGCAGCUUCCCCGAUAGCUUCAUUGACGAAGAUCCACAGCAAGCUCUGAAGGAUCUUAACGGGGCCUUGAAGGGAGACUCUGACAACGCUGAGUGGUUUUGCCAGCGUGCCUAUGCCCACAUACUCCUCAAAAACUACAACUGUGCUGUUGAGGAUGCCAAAAAAGCCCAGCAGCUACAACCCAGCCUUCCCCUUGCUUUCAUGCGAACAGGAAUAGCAGAAUACCACCUGAAGCAGUAUGAGUCAGCACAUGCAUCUUUCACACAGGGACAUCAGCUGGAUGACUCUGACACAACCUUUGAGGUCUGGAUCAAGCGGUGUGAGGAGAAGCUGGGGGUGCGGACACAGAGCGACAACGUGACACCAGCAGUUCCACAUGUAAAACAUGACUGGUACCAAACAGAGUCUCAAGUCAUCGUCACGGUCAUGGCAAAGAAUGUACCCAAGGAUGGUGUGUGUGUCAGCUUCACUGAAAGAGAGCUCUCUAUCACAAUACGGCUGGCAUCAGGGGACAACCACGACCUCAACUUCCACCUCCUGCACGCCAUCGACCCUCAACAGAGCACCUUCAAGAUCCUCACCACCAAGGUGGAGUUCAAGAUGAAGAAGACAGAUGCCAUCAGAUGGGAGAAGCUGGAGGGAGAAGGACAGGAGUCCAACAUCAAACACUUCAAUCCUAAUGAGUACCCAACAUCGUCCCAACAGGCCUGCAAAUGGGACAAGAUAGUGGUGGACAUCGGCGAGGAGGAAAACACUGACAAGCUGGAGGGAGACGCAGCGCUCAACAAGCUCUUCCAGCAGAUCUACAGCGACGGCUCAGACGAGGUCAAGCGAGCCAUGAACAAGUCCUUUAUGGAGUCUGCUGGUACGGUCCUGAGCACCAACUGGGUGGAUGUGGGCAAGAGAAAAGUGGAGAUGAACCCACCGGAGGACGUUGAGUACAAGAAGUACUGAGCACCUCCCUCCUCCUCCUCCCUUCUCUCUCUCUCUCUCUCUCUCGUUCUGUCUCUCUCUCUCUCUCUCUCUCUCUCUUUCUUUGACAUCAACUCCAGCAGGAGUCUUUGUUACGCUGCAGUCUCCGUGGCCGUCCACCUUCCUCAGUUGUCCUGUAGCUCUGGUGUUUUCACUAAGUGCAGGGAGCCCACGGCCCACUCUGACAGACUGACUAUGAGAUUUUUUUAAAGGAAAGUCUGUAUUAAAAUGUGACUGACAGACCUGAAAUGCUCCGACUCAACUUUUAGAUCAUUUUUCUUUUCCUGAUUUUCUCAAAAAAACGCCCACAGCCUUUCUAUCCAGGAGCCUUUUAUGACUUUCUAUUAUUAUCAGCAGUUGUACAAAAAUGUAAAGUUGUUAAGAAAUAAGAAACAAUUGAAACUAGAAUUACAUUUCUUGGCUUGUGCAGUUUUCUUUUCUGUACAUUAAGUAAAAAAGUCAACAGCAAUACUCUGCAAGCUGACUUGUCUGGAAUGUGUGUGUGUGUGUGUGUGUGUGUGUGACAUGUCAGCCAGUGGCGUCGCACCGGUUCCUUCCCCUCAGUGUGACUCAAGCUUCAGUGUAAAUAAAAGAUUUGUUGUUUGGCUCACAAA